AUGGAAGUGAAAACAAAUUUCAAACGCAUCGAUGUUCAAACAGUUGAUACUGUGCGCCAUCUUCGUCGCAAUGGUCGGUAAAGAGGUGAAGGCUGCUUUUCCAUUUUGUAGUAGCAACGAGUUUCCAUGCUACACUCGUUGGAAUGGUCCGAAUGGCCCAGAAGGUGUGUGCUAUAAUCAAAAUACACAAGUAUGCUGGCCUGUCGGUAAUGGUGAGAGUGUAGUAUGUUCUAUUGGUGAAAACUUAUGCGGAAAGCAGUGUUACAAGAUCGGCGGUGGUAAAACAUGCUGGUCGUACGGUACACUCUGUGAUCGAAGCCAAUCUCCGUGUAUCAUGAGUGACCUUCAAAAAGGGCAAUGCUACGACUUUUUUAAAGAAACCUGCUAUCGACAUGUGGUGUGUUCUAAUGACAAACGACCUUGUUCCAACGACGAUACCAAAUGUUGCGCCGCCGGAAAAUGAACGUUUCUUUUAUUUUCGUUUUUUCUGAUCAUUCUUUGUGAAAUACAGAAUUCAUUAUUUUUCUUUCACUUUGCCUAUUUUCAUCGGAUGUGAAUAUGGCUGUUGAUAUGAGAUGUGGGUGUGAGCGUGGGUAUCGGUGUGACUGUAUGAAUGUGUUGUUGCGGAUAUUCUAUUCACCCACACCCACACCCACUGUCGUCAUCAUGCAUAAUGACUUGCACUAAAUUAUAUAUCAUUUGCAAAUGUUUGUCACAGUCUGUGAUAGCGGUGGCUAUAUAAUUUUUCGAAGGUAGAGAACGAUUUUUAAAAGAAGCGAAGAACCAGAAGGGUAUGAAAAAGAUUCAUUAAAAUAAAGCACAAAAUGACCGGAUCAGAUGAAAUUUUAAAUCGAUAAUCUAUACAAAUUGUUUCUGCGCCGAUUUGAUUAUCUCAAUCAACAUGAUUUAUAUUUUUCCAUGCAUCUCAAUUGAAUUUCAAUAACUUUCAUUGACUUACACGAUAGGUUUCAUGUUUUACCUACCUACCUAUAAUAGAAAGAAAUUGACUUUUCUAAGAAACAUUUUGUUUAGUGCAGUUGGGUGUGGGUAUAGUUAUAGAUAUUAUUUUCAUCAUGUUCCACACUCACCUUCAGGUGAGAUGUAAAAACGCUAAGGAUGAUAGUCUCUAAGACCAUUCUCAUGUUUUGAUAUUCAAAGUACAACAUUGACAUCCCAAGGAAAAGUACGACGUUUACCACUGCAGUAACCAUGAUUUGUUUCUUUCACAUUACUCAGCGAUAAUCUUAUAGUUGUGAAGUUUUUUGAGUAUAUACUACCAUAAGAAUUCUAUAUAUAGACAUAUUCAUAAUCACUUUUCGAUGUGUUAAGCUCUAUAAAUGGAUUUCAUAGCUUGUGAAUAUGUCA